GACUCCUCCAUUAAACUUUCAAUUGAGGCCGGCGCCAAAAUAUCCAUCUCUCCGUUUCCAGUCUCAACAGUGAAGUCACGUAUUUCUUUGUUCAGUUGAUGAAAUGGAAAGGAAGAUCUAAGAGGGAAAAGAUUGAACAGAAAAAUGAGCGGGGCGAGACUGUGUUCAUUGCUUGGGGAAUUGGGCUACGAGGGUGCAGACAAAUUGGACCCAGACAGCUUCGAGUGGCCGUUCCAGUACGACGAUGCACGGCCCAUCCUUGACUGGAUCUGCUCUUCUCUCCGCCCUUCCAACGUCCUUUCCCUCUCCGAGCUCUCUCAGUAUGAGCAAUUCCUACAAGAAGGAAAGCUAUUGGAGGGAGAGGAUUUGGACUUUGCUUAUGAUAGCAUUUCAGCCUUUUCUUCCAGGAGAGACAACCAGGAGGCAGUUUUUGGAGCUGGAGAAGGAUUGAAAGAAAUAAGGGAAGCAACUGUUGCAUAUAAAGCCGAGGCGUUGGGAGUUACAGAGGCAGCUUAGCAUCUUCAGACCCAAUUUGAUUUGUUGAGUGGCCAGGCUUCAGCUUUGA